UUUGCAUAACAUAUCUAAUAAAUAGCAAGUCGUUUCAAGUGACUUGCAUAGUUUUCCGAUUAACUUCAAUCGAACUACGAACUACUGAAAGAUGCCAAGAAGUCCAUCGAAGAGUAGCCCGAGGAAGGGCAGUCCUCGUAAGGGGAGUCCUCGCAAGGGCAGCCCGAAGCGUGGUGGAAAGGGAGCAAAGCGAGCUGGAAAAGGAGGUCGCCGUAGGAACGUUGUCAAGCGUCGCCGCCGUCGCCGAGAGAGCUACGGCAGCUACAUUUACAGGGUGCUGAAGCAGGUCCACCCAGACACUGGCAUCUCGAGCCGUGGCAUGUCUGUGAUGAAUAGCUUCGUCAACGAUGUCUUCGAGCGGAUCGCUGGGGAGGCUUCUCGCUUGUGUCAAGCCAACCGACGUCGCACCAUCUCCAGCCGGGAGAUCCAGACUGCUGUUCGUCUACUUCUCCCAGGAGAACUGGCCAAGCAUGCUGUAUCCGAGGGAACGAAGGCUGUGACCAAAUAUACCACCUCCCGCUAAAUUUCACCAGCUUUCGUUUAGCUGGAAAAUAACCAAACGGCUCUUAUCAGAGCCACCAAAUUUUCAAGAAAGAAUCGAAAAUACAUCUCUUUUUGCCCAACACCGUACUACACGUAGGCGUAGCUUAGCCUUAGGCUAUAAAUAAACUUUUAGGCCCUAGGCCUAGCAAUCUUCACCCCGGCCUUUGUAACGUAACGUAAGAAACGGAAAAAAAAGUCUGGAACUCUUGUCAGUCUGUGCUUGAUUGAGCAAGGGACCUUGACCUUGGUAAAACUUUAUUGAAAACCAAUGAUCAAGAGAUUCAAGAUUAAAAAAAGAGUAAACUUCCAAGUUCCAUGAUAGGCCCCCUAAAGAAAAAUAGGAAAUUUGAAAUAAAUCUAGUAGAGGUCUAGAACUAGGGCCUAGGUCUCGGGUAGAUAAUCUAGACUCUAGAAUCAUUCCAGAUAGGCUAAUUGAUGUUUGCAAAAUCAGUCUAGAUCGAGGGCUACCAUAAAAUUGAAAUUUAAUUUGUCUUUGUCAAAAUUUGUGCUAGGUUUAGGAUUUUUUUUUCAGGGAAUUGAAACAAUUCAAGGAUAGUUUUGAAGUGUGACAUGAAAAGGAAAGGCCCAACAUCGAUUCCCAGACAACCAUCCCUGGGAAGCGGGGGUGUUUCAGGAAAUUGGGUUUGUGUGCUAUUAAAAUGUAACUUAGACUACGGUUUUACCCAAAUCCCCUUCAUCUGCAAGCACCCCCCCCCCCCCACCCAUUUUUAAUGGGGGUGUCAAUUUCUGACUAAAAUCGGCUUCAUUUGUGAGUAAAAAACUUUUUUUUGUUUGUUGAGAAUAUCAGAUUUCUUCAAAACGGGCGCUAACGGUGACAAAUUUGCCGAUCUUUUGUCAAUAUUUUCAUGAAUACUGAACUCAUCCGAAAAGAAACUUACACCAAAUUUUCAACCGAUCAACAGCGCGCAUUUGGGACUUGCGAUUUAUUUUUUGACUUGCGUUUAAACGCAACUCUUUCUGCAACGGACCUCUGAUCUGUUGUAAAACUUAGGAAAAAACAACCAUCAGCCCAGGCCUCUUUAAAAAUCAUUCCCAGGCGACUAUCACAAGUCUUUGUUCAAUUUGACUAUAAUCGUUUUACACACGCCCUACAAGCCAAGUCUUUUUUACACAGGUCUGUAAAAGGAUGCGUAUAAAUGGAGACCUAACUUAGUUUAUUUUUGUUUUGUAAAGUUUAAUUUCACUUUAAUUUACAGCACAGCAUCAUUCAGGAAAGGUAACAUCCAUUAUUUCUCUGUACAGAUCAAACUAAAUCUGUCUUUGCUCUUCAUUUUGUGACCACACCAUACAAAGCAUGCAUCAUACACCCUAUAAGUCAAUUUUCCUCAUUCAGAUUUUAUUGGGUAAAGACGAGAGAUUCUAUGGAGGCAGAUUCACAUGCAGAAUUUUUGCAUCCUAAGAUAGCUUGGAAUAUUCAGUCACGCAAUAAACCAGUUCCAACUGAGCCAAUUUCAUCAUGGAGACCGGUUUAGUAGGAAUUCAAGUGUGAUCAGCGUCUAAUAUCAACCAUCAUUGCAUGCGUCUCUCUUUUUUUUUUGGGGGGGGUCCAUUGUCAAAUUCUUUUUUUUAAUUGAGAAAAUAAAAACAUGGGUAAUUCUCUAAAGUAACCUUUUUCUUUAAUAGACUCAUAUUUCUCUCCAUCAAUACUUCACUGCAUCUACAUCAAAAACAUUUGAGAGCAGUACAAUUAUUGAGGUAGGUGCCGUAGAAAUAGAGAGAAAUCAUUUCAGAAAGUACCUACAAAGAGGGAGUCGGACAUGGAUAUUUUAUAGACUCGCCCCUAUGAAAAUAAAUUUUCUAACCAUCACACAUAGGCCUAUAUGUAUGUCAAAAGUUAGUCAAAACUCAAACACAAAUCACAGUGUGCACCCAAGGAUGAAUGUACGUUUAUUAUUGAUAAUCGUUUAUUAAGUGACAAUAAAAUCUGUGCGAUGCCUAAAGAUGAAAAUCACUCACAAACACAUGGAUAUUUUCUAGCGCAUUCUUUCUCGGCUGUUGCAAUUCAUUUUACAUUGGAUAAGUUCUAUGUUUUCAAGUGACAUUCCCACCCCCUGGCACCCUAUUUCAAUUUCUUUGCUUCAGUUAUUCCUUUUUGUACGUAUUAAAUUACCCCUUUCCAUUUAUGAUACAACAUAGUUUCAGCAUGUUUGCUGUGCUUCUAAAAGCAUUUUUUUAUCAAACAUAAAUUGGUAAUUAAUUUACAAGCAAUCUUUUUUUUCUUCUUAAUUUGUAAAAAUUGUUUAGCCCACGUUACAAAGUAUAUUUUUGACAAUGAUCGCCACAAAAUGGCACAAGUCUGACCAGUUUGAUGAGACAAAUAAAUGACUGUAUUCUAGAUAUACACAUCAUUCAUUUGCCCUUUAAGGUUUACUCGUAUCAUAAAGCUUAGCGAUCGAUUGUGUGGUUGAUUUUUACAACUGAACAUACACAAUAUUCAAUGCAAUCAAAAUUAGAAAUCAGCUCUUAAGAUCAAUCGCUAAGCUUUAAGCGACAUGAUAAUUCAGAUACUGAGAUUGUGUAACAGCCAAAACCGAAACCAGGCAUACCGACAAUAACUUAUAUUGUAGCCCACAGAAAGCUGAAAGACCUUUUUUUCUUUUUUUCGUGUUAAAUCAUGGAAUCACUGUUAAUAUUUCAACUCCAUGGCAUUUUUAGACACAUGCAAUUUACUAUCACUACUAAUUGCUAAUUAACCAAAAUUGAUUACAAAAAAUCAUCAGAACCACUACUCCUUAUCAUUGGUGCAAUAAACUUGGCAUAAAGUGUCUACUGUUUUAUGUAGCUGUGCAGAGGAAUUUCACAUGUAGCUGUGACACAUUUCUUAAACUUUUUGAUAGUGGAGCUUAAAAAAAUGAAAAACACUCAAAAUAUACAAACUGUUGCAAGAGGGCACUUUGCCUCUUCCCCUCUGCAGAGAUCUCUGAUUUCUAGUGAUGUUUACAGCCACACUGCUCUUGAGAGUACAUAUAGGAACAUGUAAAUAUGAUGAAUUGGUUGGAAAUGAAUACAUGAGAAUCUGGUGAAAAUUAAUGUACGAGGAGGGAUGAGAAUAUGCAGGGGAAAACAAAUGGAA